AAGUAGAUGCAGCAUCGCUCUACUAAAGCACUACUUUAGAGACUCAGACAGUUGUGAGCACGAGAACAAGAGACAGAAGAAGGAGAGAGACAGAGAAUCACGAUGGCUGAGUUCAAAUGGAUUUCUUUAUUUCUUAUAGCGGUGCUUCAGUUUACAGCAGCAGCUGAAAAACUUCCCCUCUCCUUCACUGUCAGAGUUGGAGAUGAAGUCACUUUGCCUUGUGAAAAUGUGACAGACGGUCAGCAAAAAUGUAACAGUACUACAUGGCUCUUCUUUGGUUCAGAAAACACAGCAGUAGCGCUGAUUGUACUUGGGCAGAUUGGUGAAAGAGCCAAAGCUAAAUCAGACAGACUGAGUGUUACAGCGAGCUGUUCUCUGGUUAUAAAGAAGGUCACAGUCGAGGAUGUUGGUCUUUAUGACUGCAGACAGUUCAGAUCAGGACAACUAGGUCCAGACUCUGUGGUUCUUCUGUCUGUUGUUACCAUGACUGAACAUAAGGACACUGAUAAGGUGACGUUCACCUGCUCUGUGUCGACAUAUGAACGAUGUGGACGCACAGCGAAGUGGCUGUAUGAGGGUGAAGAUGUGGCUAAAGAUAACAAAGACUUGCUGACAUCACAGUCUCUCUGCAGAGCCUCUGUGAGCUUCCUGACUUCUCAUUACAGUCACACAUCGAGGUCUAACUUCCUUACAUGUGAAGUGACUGAUGGCAACAAAGAGCAGCUGUUUCCCUUCAGACUUCGGCCCUCAGGUGAGAAACCAGGUGAGGACACAACAACAGCAACAACUGAAUCAACAACAACAGCAACAACUGAAUCAACAACAACAACUGAAAACAGCAGAAAAGCAGGUAUCACCACGACAGCGUCUGCAAUCAAUGAUGCUUCAACAGAACUACAAGCUUGUACAGAUUGUUCUGCUCUGAGCUACAUAAUGUUGGUUAUGCGUGUGGCUGAACUCCUCCUAAUCACUGCGAUUACUGUUCUUCUCAUCAGAGCUCGAGGGAACCAGAGACCACCUGACGACAACACUGUUUUAAACUCAGUAAGAAGCCGAACAGUGAAGCGUUCUGGUCCAGCAGCCAGUCAGGUGAAUGAUGAUGAAGAUGAUGGUGUGGUGAACUAUGAAAACUUUGGAGACCCUUCUGCCUCAGUCAGACUCCGCUGAUCAACAACUUCCAUAUCAACAUCAACUCACCAGAGAAAAGACUCCACUGCAGUUAAAUAACAGCACGUUUCCACGAGUAGUUGAAGCCUUUAGAUAACAGAAAUCUUAUGAGAUAAUUUUGGGUUUGUUAUUACUAAUUGUUUUUGUUUUUAUUUAUCAGUGUGAGAAAUGUUUGUGUGCUCAGCCAUUUCUAUUUCAGUCUGACUUUGGACAACAAUAUUCAAGUGUUGACUUCAUCUCAUAUCAGGAAGCCCACUGUGAGUUUCAUAAAAUGUCUUUUCCUGCAUCAGUUGUGAAAAUCUUUAUUUUCUGCAGCCAGGUCAGAACACAGCAGCUGGACUUCAACUUCAUUUAACAGGAACGAGCAUUUCACUCUUGUUAACUUCCUUAAAUUGUCUUCCAGCUGAAGAGUUCAGACCUGAGUUUAAGGUUUACUGGUUGGUUUUGAAGUGAGAGCAGCUGGAGCUCAGUUUCAUGUCUCUGUGUACAGAAGAACUCAUUUUAAUUCACUUUCAUUUAGCAUUGUUGUUGACGUAUUUGUUGGGAUGUGUAUGUGUCAUGGUUUUGGGUUUGUGUUGUGUUAUUUCCUGUUUUAUUUUGGUAAGCGAUCUCCCUCAUGUGUCUUGUGUAGUUUUACUUCCUCCUGGUGAUUCGUUUGCUUGUCCUUAUUGGUUCCACCUGUGUCUCGCUGUCUCCCCUACCAGAGUGCAUUUAGUCUGUGUCCUUCCUUUGCUCGGCAUUUGGGUCCCCUUUUGAUCUGAACGUGACAGUAUGUGUUUGGCUUGAAUGGGUUUUCAGCCUUAAUGGAGUCAGUAACAGUCUUCUCUUUAUUAUAUCUGAUAACAAUAUAAUCUGCAAAUAAAGAAAUGUUUACCACUUAA